CUUUUUUCACACACACACCAUUCUCUAGAAUCCUUUCAAAUAUAUACAUCGUAAGCUAUUAUUUUCUUAUUUUACUACCAGCAUCAUCUAUUACCAUAACAGACAUGGCCAACGAUGUGUCCAAAGAUACAUCACCUAAAUCUGAAGAUACUACUUUGGAGGACAUAUACUUAUGGAGGAGGAAGAAACUAGCCUUCUCUGUACUUCUUGUCUCAACAGCGACGUGGGUUUUGAUCAAUAUUUAUGGUUUCAGUUCUAUAACCAUUGUUUCUUGGGCAGCCAUGGCCAUCGUCUCUAUGGUCUUCCUUUGGGGCAGUUUACUUCGCCUUCUCAGCAAGGUUGAACCGGACUUGUCAGGGUUAGAAGUGUCAGACGAGUUUGUAGCAGAGAUGGCGAGGUCGUGUCGAAAGCUAAUGGAAGAAAUGGUUGGAUGGAUGUUCACGGUCGGUGCUGAGAGUGAAUGGUUUGUUUUCGCUAAAACCAUUUUGGGGUUCUGGAUCUUGUCAAGAAUAGGAAACCUUCUCGAUUUCCAUACUUUUCUCUUCAUCGGGUUAGUGAUCGGCUUAACGGUUCCGAAGUUGUGGGAGAAGCAUGGAGAUCGACUACAAAAGCUAUCGAGGAAUCUUAAAGAUAGAUCAAAUGAAGCAUAUGAUAACAGUCGUGAGAAGAUUUUGAAAAUGAAGAACAAGUUACAGCAUGGUACAGAGGAUAAAGUUAAAAAAGCAGAGUAAAUGGUACCUGGUGUUUUGUUUUGUACAAAAAUGUUACCUGUCUUGUAAAGCAAAAGUAAUGUGUAAAAUGUGUAAACAAAAUGUAGUAGAUUAUUAUUACCUGUCUUGUUACCAUUUCAACCAUAGUAAGAAUCUGAGAUGAUGAAAACAUUGUGAGAUCGA